CUGGCUGGGGAUGUCCGAGUUCUUCCUGAGUCUCUGCUGUUGAAUCUGUUGAUUUCAUCAAGACAAAAAGAUGGAUUCUGACUCGGACUCACCUUUUAACUACUCGUGGCCUUCCUUCCCCAAAAUGAAGAUUCGACGGAGGGCGUCCAAACAAGAUCGUUCCUUUGAUGUCCUCAAAAAAUCCAAGCAUCCCCCAACGUUCCUUGCUGCUGGCCGGCUUUCUGACAUGCUGAAUGGCGGUGAUGAAGUCUAUGCUAACUGCAUGGUGAUAGAUCAGGUUGGUGAUUUGGAUAUUAACUAUAUUAAUAUAGAGGGAAUCACUGAAAACACUUGCCUUGAAUCCAUGGGUUCUACUCUGGGGCCUCAGAGCAGCAAGCCCAUCCUUCCUACUGAAACCAGCGCUGGCACGUACCCACCAGAUGAGAACACAGAAGUCACAUCACACACCGAAGCCCAACCGUCUUUGAUGUCGCCAUCUAGUUCAUAUGCUUCCAGUUUGAAUCUUUCUUUUGGUCUUCAUGGAUUUGAAAAGGAACAAAGUCAUCUAAAGAAAAGAAGUUCCAGCCUUGAUGCCCUGGAUGCUGACAGUGAAGGAGAGGGGCAUUCCGAGCGGUCACGCAUUUGCUACACUCCAGUGUCUCAGAGUUCCUCGAGAACUGGCAUUACUAGUGGGGAUGAAUUGGACUCUUUUGAGACCAACACUGAACCAGAUUUUAAUAUCUCCAGGACUGAAUCACUGUCUUUAUCAAGUAGCCUGCAGCUGAAGGAAUCAUUGUUUUCUGGAGUCCGCUCACGUUCUUAUUCCUGCUCAUCACCCAAAAUUUCUUUAGGAAAAACUCGAUUGAUCCGUGACUUUACAGUGUGCAGUUCAGCUGAAGAGCAAAGAGCUUACAGCUUACCGGAGCCACCAAGAGAAAAAAGAAUUCAGGAAGAAGAAUGGGAUAAAUACAUCAUACCUGCCAAAUCAGAGUCUGAAAAGUACAAAGUGAGCCGAACUUUCAGCUUCCUCAUGAACAGGAUGACCAGCCCUCGGAAUAAAUCUAAGACAAAAGGCAAGGAUGCCAAAGACAAAGAGAAACUGAGUCGACAUCAGUUUGUCCCUGGAACAUUCUCUGGGGCUCUGCAGUGUUUGGUUUGUGAUAAAACGCUCCUGCGGAAAGAGUCGUUCCAGUGUUCCAACUGUAAUGCAAAUGUACAUAAGGGCUGUAAAGAUGCCGCCUCUCCGUGCACCAAGAAAUUCCAAGUGAAAUAUAAUAAGAACAAACCGCAGACCAUCCUUGGAAAUUCUUCAUUUAGAGACGUCCCACCGCCUGGGCUCUCCUUGCACCCUUCCUCCUCCAUGCCUAUUGGGUUGCCGACCGGGAGGAAGGAAGCAGCAGGGCAAGUCCAUCCAUUGUCCAGAAGCGUUCCAGGCAUCACCUUGGAAAGCUUCAGGAAGUCAGGGGCAUCCUUGGAGUCCGAAAGUGACGGGAGCACCUGGAGAAGCAGGUCUCAGUCUGAUGAGCUGUUCCAGCCCAUGGGCUCACCUCCCUCCACGGACUCCUUCUUAAUGGAAGAUGUCGUGGAUUCCUCUCUGUGGAGUGACCUCAGCAGUGAUGCCCAGGGGUUUGAAGCAGAAUCUUGGAGUCUGGUGGUGGACCCCUCAUUUUGUAGUAGGCAGGAGAAGGAUGUCAUCAAAAGACAGGAUGUCAUUUUUGAGCUAAUGCAGACAGAAAUGCAUCACAUCCAGACCCUGUUCAUCAUGUCCGAGAUCUUCAGGAAAGGGAUGAAGGAGGAGCUGCAGCUUGACCACAGCACUGUGGAUAAAAUCUUCCCCUGUUUAGAUGAGUUACUUGAAAUCCACAGGCAUUUCUUCUAUAGUAUGAAGGAGCGAAGGCAAGAAUCCUGUAUUGGCAACGACAGGAAUUUCGUCAUCAAUCGAAUCGGAGAUAUUCUAGUACAACAGUUUUCAGAAGAAAAUGCAAAUAAAAUGAAGAAAAUAUAUGGGGAAUUCUGUAGCCAUCACAAGGAGGCUGUUAGCCUCUUUAAAGAGCUCCAGCAGAAUAAAAAGUUUCAGAAUUUUAUUAAGCUCCGAAAUAGUAACCUUUUGGCUCGACGCCGAGGAAUUCCAGAAUGCAUUCUGCUGGUCACUCAGCGCAUCACAAAAUACCCUGUCUUGGUGGAAAGGAUAUUGCAGUACACAAAGGAGAGCACUGAAGAACAGAAAGACUUAUGCAAAGCUCUUUGCUUAAUUAAAGACAUGAUUGCAGCUGUGGAUUUAAAAGUCAGCGAAUAUGAGAAAAAACAAAAAUGGCUUGAGAUCCUAAAUAAGAUUGAAAACAAAACAUGUACCAAGCUUAAAAAUGGCCAUGUGUUUAGGAAACAGGCACUGAUGAGUAAAGAAAGGACCCUAUUAUACGAUGGCCUUGUUUAUUGGAAAACCGCUACAGGUCGUUUCAAAGAUAUCCUAGCUCUGCUUCUAACUGAUGUGCUGCUCUUUUUACAAGAAAAAGACCAGAAGUACAUCUUUGCAGCUGUUGAUCAGAAGCCAUCAGUUAUUUCCCUUCAGAAGCUCAUUGCUAGGGAAGUUGCAAAUGAGGAGAGAGGAAUGUUUCUGAUCAGUGCUUCAUCUGCUGGUCCUGAGAUGUAUGAAAUUCAUACCAACUCCAAGGAGGAACGGAAUACCUGGAUGAGGCGGAUCCAACAGGCAGUAGAAAGUUGCCCAGAAGAAGAAGGGGGAAGGACAAGUGAGUCUGAUGAAGAGAGGCAGAAAGCUGAAGCCAGAGUGGCCAAAAUUCAGCAAUGUCAAGAAAUACUCAGUAACCAAGACCAACAAAUUUGCACAUAUUUGGAAGAGAAGCUGCAUAUCUAUGCUGAACUUGGAGAGCUGAGUGGAUUUGAGGAUGUCCAUCUAGAGCCCCACCUCCUCAUUAAACCAGACCCCGGAGAGCCUCCCCAGGCAGCCUCAUUACUGGCAGCAGCACUGAAAGAAGCCGAGAGCCUGCAAGUUGCAGUGAAGGCCUCCCAGACGAGCGAUGUGUGUCAGUCAGCCAAGGAAGGUUGUGGAGAACCUGCUUUGCAGGAUGUGUUCAGUUCUCGGGACGCACCUGGAUCACCUACUGCUUCACUAGUCACAGAAGGGACAGGAGGAAGAGGCUGUUGGGAUGUGGAUCCUGGGACCCAGGGUGUGGGAACCGACCUGGCGGUCUCUGAUGCCGGGGAGAAGGUGGAAUAUAGAAGUUUCCCAAGUUCUUCACAGUCAGAGAUUAUACAAGCGAUACAGAAUUUAACCCGUCUCUUAUAUAGCCUUCAGGCCGCCUUGACCGUUCAGGAUAGCCACAUUGAGGUGCACAGGCUGGCUCUCCAGCAGCAGGAGGGCCUGUCCCCUGGCCCCUCUUUCCGAGGCAGCCCCUUUCAGGACCAGGAGAAGCACCGAAGCCUGGAGAAGCGGCGGGAGGAGCUGGCCAACCUCCACGAGCUGCAGCAGCAGUUCCAGCAGGACCGGCAGCGCUGGCACCGCAGGUGCGACCAGCAGCAGCGAGAGCAGGAGGCCAAGGCCAGCCGGCUGCAGGAGCGCGAGAGGGAGUGCCGGCUGCAGGAGGAGCUGCUGCUGAGCAGCCGGGGGCAGCUGGACCAGCAGCGCCAGGAGUACCAGCAGAGCCUGGAGCGGCUGCGGGAGGGCCAGCGCCUGGUGGAGAGGGAGAGGGAGAGGAUGCGGGCCCAGAAGAGCCUGUUGCGUGGCUGGAAGCACAGCCGGCAGAGGAGCCUUCCCGCGGCGCUGCCUGGAGGAGGCGUGGAGGUAAUGGAACUUAAUCAAUCUGAGGGUUUAUGUCAUGAAAAUUCAUUCUUCAUCAAUGAAGCUUUAGUGCAAAUGUCACUUAACACUUUGAACAAACCGACUCCAGCAGAUAUCCAUCAGGAUGCCACUUACCCCCCAAGUAUAUCUCAUUCCGAUUUGGUAAGGACUAGUGAAAAUCAAGUAGACCUCAAGAUGAACAUUUCUCAGCCCUUGGACGUCAGCCAUGAACUAUGGAUAGCCGCUGGGUCCUGUCAUCAGAUACCCCCUCUCCACCAAAGCAGCAAGGAUUCUUGUAAAAAUGAUUUGGACCUCUCUCAGACUGCAUGCCCGCCCCCCCAGGACUCAAAUCCGCAGGGCCCUCAGCUGCAAACGUUCAUAGCAGAAGCAAAGCUAAAUCUACAGAGAGUAACCAGACAAGAUGGGGAAACUGGAGAUGGAGCAGAAGAAACUAUUGUUUACCUCUAAUUGUGUUGUUAUUUUUCCAAAUGAAACAAAAUACAGGCAUUUGGGGGAGAAUUUCUUUUUUCCUUUCCUGAUGUGUGUGUGACUGUGUCCAAAUUGCUUUAGGAGUAAUGUUUAAUAUUUCGUGCAAGUUUAUUUUGGGGGCAUGAGUCUAAUAAUUAAAUUAUUGAAAACAACUGUUUGUAUCAUCAUUAACUUUAUCACACCUAAUUCCAGACUCCUGGAGGAGAAAUUAACUUAGAUAAGCAGAAAUAUGUUCAAAGUUGUUAUGACCCUAGAGUAAAAUUCCAUAUUGUAUUUUCUACGGGAUCUUGU